AUGGACAACUUCGGUUACCGCGAGAUGGGGUGGCCGUCGCCUCUGCAAACGCCCACCCAAACACCAACGAGGUCAAGGCUGACCAGCAGUUUCAGUUCCAGGACUAGGGAGCCGGAAGAGUUCCCCCUCAAAGGCACUUACAAACAUGUGCGGAACAUCGACCUGCUGGAGUCAGCACAUGAGCCCGGCAAAGCGAAAGAAUAUUUGUUCGUCGGGCCUUCCCCGCCUGCCGAGGAUGCCCCGAACAUGUACCAGAGCUUUGACGUUCUCGCGCCAGAUCCCGAAGCGCGUUUAACAGAAGAUAUGAUCAGGAGAGGACUCUGCGAAAAAGCCCUAACGCUGGGCGCUGGGCGAUUUUUCGACGACGUAGAGUGCGGCCUGAUCACUGCCGACAACAUCGAAGAACACAUAAGCUCCGCGCCCGAGGUGGUCGUGAACCUGACUUUGCUGUGGGCGGCGUUUUUGACCAGGGACGAAAUUUUGCCAGCUAUUCUGGAAGCCGGUGCUGAUAUUCAUUAUUCAGAGCCAGCUGGUUUGACUGCUCUACAUGUUGCGGCUUUCAGUGGCGCUUCCAGAUCGGUUUCGUAUUUGAUCGCGAGUGGUGCUGACGUCGACUUCGCUCCCAAAUAUUUCACGCCGUUACAUUGCGCCGCGUUCGGAAACUCUUUAGAAGUCGCUGAGAUACUAAUUGCUAACGGUGCGUGUCUACAUUCAGUGGUGCAGAGGGCUGGCUGUGAAGACAAUUUAGUGCAUUGUGCAGUACGAGCAGAUGCGGUCGAGUGUAUGGAACUGUUUAUAGAAAAGGGUGUGGAUCCGGCGUAUGUUACAUCGGGUGGCCUGAAUGCUUUACAUCUCGCUGCGGAACUUGGUGCCCAGCGUUGCUUGGCGUAUUUGUUAAAAGAAACCAGAAUAAGUGUGAACGGUGUUACGAAACAAAGGGAUAAAGAAUGCACUGCUAUUCAUCUAGCUGCCGCCAGAGGGUAUGCUGAAUGUGUAGAAAUACUCCUUGCUGAUGGUGCCAAGGCAAACACUAAAAAUUACAGAGGUUUCACAGCGCUACACCUUGCUGCACGAUGCUCUAGUGUAGAGUGUGUGGAGGUGCUAUUAAGAGAUGGCAACGCAGAUCCAAAUGCCGAAGACUACGACAAAAGGACUCCGUUACAUGCCAGUAUUUGCCGCUCUGAUCGUGCUUGCGACAUAAUAGACAUGCUUGUUAGCUGGGGAGCGCAGGUAAACAAAAAGGAUGAGUACGGGUACUCUCCACUUCAUCUCGCUGCCAUGGACGGAUUAACUCCCUGCGUUGAGACUCUAAUAUUUUUAGGCGCAGACGUAACAUCAAAGUCGAAAAAGGGACAUACAGCGCUUAGCGUCAUCGCAAGAAAAACUCCCAAAUCACUAGCUAUUCUUCGUCAUAACCUUGAUAGUGGAAUUUCACUCAGUCGACCGACAGAGAGCAACGAAGAAGUACAGAUUGAAUUCGACUUCGGAAAACUUUUGAAGUUCUCAUAUCCCCGAGAGAUAACAUAUUUGAAUAGUUUGAUCGAUGAAGGUCAGAAAGAUAUUUUGCUCCACCCACUUUGUUCAGCUUUUCUAUUUAUGAAAUGGCGGAAGAUAAGAAAAUUCUAUUUAGCUCGACUCAUCUUUUGCUUCCUGUUUGUGUCGUUCUUGUCUAUUUACGCUUUGACAGCGGUUGUCAAAACAUGUAAAGGUAAAUAUUCAAAGAAGUAUGGAGUACCGAAUGAGUUAUGUCAGUCGCAGUCUUUACUCGGCGAUAUCUUGGAGGACAACCCAAUAGAGUUUGAAAGAUGGAUACUCAUAGCUAUUACGGCUUUUGAAAUCGUGCGUAAGUUGACGGGUAUAACAGGAUACUCUAGUAUGUAUCAAUACUUCACCACGUUCGAGAAUCUCAUGGAAUGGUUCGUUUUAUUAUCUGUGUUCUCUUUGUAUAACAUACAUAAAGAUUACGGUUGGCAAAACCAUGUAGGCGGUUAUGCUGUUCUAGGCGCUUGGACGAAUUUAAUGUUGCUGAUGGGUCAGUUGCCAAUGUUUGGAGAUUACGUCGCAAUGUACCAGAAGGUUUUGACGGAAUUUCUGAAGUUGUUACUAGCUUACAUUUGCCUACUACUUGGAUUUACGAUUUGCUUUUGCGUGGUGUUCCCGAAUGAAGAGAUGUUUUCAAAUCCCCUAAUGGGCUUCAUCAGUACGCUGUCCAUGAUGGUGGGUGAGUUGAAUUUAAACAUUCUAAUAAAUGACCCAAUGCAGGACGAUCCGCCUUUGAUAUUUGAAUUGUCUUCGCAAAUCAUUUUCAUUCUAUUCCUUAUGUUUGUUACAAUCAUUUUGAUGAAUCUACUAGUCGGUAUUGCGGUUCACGAUAUCCAAGGGCUGAGGAAGACCGCAGGACUGUCUAAGCUCGUACGUCAGACUAAGCUGAUUCUCUUCGUGGAAAUGGGCCUCUUCAGCGCCGUACUGCCGAAGUGUCUCCAUAAGUACGUUUACAGAACAGCGCUCGUUUCACCCGAAGCUGGAAAGGUGAUACUGAGCGUGAAACCCCUGAAUCCGAGGGAAAAGAGAUUGCCGACUGACAUAAUGAUGGCGGCGUAUGAACUUGCACAGAUAAACAAAGUAAAGGCGGGUAGAUCGGUGAAGGAAAUCCUCUAUAACAACAAAUACUCCUCGAAGUUCAAGAAGGAAUCUCAGACCAGUGACAACAACUUCAACAUAGAAAUACGUGGCAUGCAGGAGAAAAUAGAUCAGACGACCUUCAAUUUGAAGAAAAUAGACCAGGAAAUGAGGCAUCUGAACACUUUGCUAAUGGAGCAACAGCACCUUCUGCAGAAUCUUUUCAAGGUCGCGGACCGAGCGAAUAUCCAUUCUGCGCAAUUUUAUCCGGAAUCACCGGUUUUCUUCUCCAGUAAUUGCUCAGAUAUAACGCUAAAG